AUGUCUGAAACAUUUUUUGAUGGGUCGCCCGUUAAAAAAAGACGCAGAGGAAGACCUCCUACAAAAGCCAAAGCGGACGUUGCCAUGAUCGGCGAAAGCACUCUUACUUUUUCUAUCAACUCCAGCAUGAACGCCUACAGCAACUCUGCCGCCACGAUUCGCCAGGGAGCCGUGUGCUCCACGCCGGUCAUGAAGAUUAGCCCCAGCCGCCGCAGGGUAGGCGGAUCGCAGUCGCAAACGCCCACGCCCACGCCGCGGCGCAGACAGCCAGCGCCCGCGCUCAAGCCCAUCCAGGAAAACAAGGUGGCGAAAGCGCAUCACGAGCUGGUGUCUGUGACACAGCCGCAAAACGGGCUCGACUCGUCGCCGGCGUCGUCGUCCCGCUCGUCGCCGUCCGACAGGAACCCGCAGAGCUCGCAGGCGCACACGUCGCCGCUCAACGCGGCCGAGAGCGUGCCCAAGCCGGACCUGAACCCGUCGCUCUUGCAGCCGACAGACAUCUUUGCACCAAAGACGCCGAAAAUGCCCAGCACGCCCUUGGCAAGGGUGCCGCCGUCGACGCCCGUGUCGCACUUCUCGCACGUCCUGAGCUCGUCGCCGAUGUACACCCACUGGUACGCGCAGACCCCGCACGGAAGAGUGGCGUCGACGCCGAACAGCCUGGUGCCCAAGCCGCUGCGGUUUGAGGACGUCAGACAGCCUGCGACGCCGCACAACCAGGGACUCGGGAUCCUGGCGGCCCGGCACCGGUCGCUGCCGGCGAAGCACGAUCUCGAGAAAAUCACACAGCAACUUCAGAGCAAACUGCGCAAGACCCAGUCGCUCGGCGAUGCCGCGCAGGGCAAAGGGCAGAACGAUUUGUCCGCAGACUACCAGGUCACCGUCCAAAUCAACAGCGACGGCAAGGCUACUGUGGUGACGAAGCGGCGCAAGCUUGUGCAGCCGCUCACGCCGGCCACCUAUGGCCCCCACUUCACGGACGGGCUGAUGUAUGGCGUAGACCCUCCUCCGGGGCUCAAGAUCGGCAUCGACCCAUACGUGGUGGGCGUGUCGUCGACCGAGUUCGAGAUGAAGUCUCCAUACAUGCUGGCCGAGGGCGCGCAAGACGCGGCCAAGACCCAGAGCGACGCGCGGUUUGCGUUGCGCGAACUUCUAGACGACCUAUAG